CGGAGAGAGCGCGGAGGGGGCGGAUGCUGUUGCUGCUGCUUGGCUUUAUUCUUCCCUUUCCAAGAUGGCGGCGCUAGGUGUAAACAAGGUCGGGUCUGGCGCAGGGAUAGAUGCCGGGAGCAGGCCGGGCCGGAGUCCGGGUGGGCCGGUGGUGAAGGUUCUGGAAUGUGGAGUCUGUGAAGAUGUAUUCUCAUUGCAAGGAGACAAAGUUCCUAGACUGCUUCUGUGUGGCCAUACUGUUUGUCAUGACUGCCUCACUCGACUUCCUCUCCAUGGCAGAGCAGUUCGAUGUCCUUUUGAUCGGCAGGUUACAGAGUUGGGAGACUCUGGAGUGUGGGGUUUGAAGAAAAACUUUGCUCUAUUAGAACUCCUGGAACGACUGCAAAAUGGACUUGUUGGUCAAUGUGGAUCAAAUGAAGACAGUAUUGGCCUCUCUGGAGAGUGUAUUAUCCGUUGUGAUGAAGACGAUACUCACCUUGCUUCGGUAUACUGCACUGUAUGUGCCACUCACCUUUGUGCAGAGUGUUCCCAGCUUACGCAUUCUACAAAGACACUAGCAAAACACAGGCGUGUGCCACUUGCUGAUAAACCUCAUGAGAAAACAAUGUGCUCUCAGCACCAGGUGCAUGCUAUUGAAUUUGCAUGCUUGGAAGAAGGUUGUCAAGGCAGCCCCCUUAUGUGUUGUGUCUGCAAAGAAUAUGGAAAACACCAGGGUCAUAAACACAGUGUUUUGGAACCAGAAGCCAACCAGAUCCGUGCUUCCAUUUUAGACAUGGCUCACUGUAUCAGAACUUUCACAGAAGAAAUUUCAGAUUACUCCCGGAAACUAGUUGGAAUAGUUCAACAAAUAGAAGGAGGAGAACAGAUAAUUGAAGAUGGCAUUGGAAUGGCCCAUACUGAACAUGUCUCAGGCACUGCAGAAAAUGCUCGUUCAUGUGUCCGAGCCUAUUUCUCUGACCUUCAUGAGACCCUCUGUCGCCAGGAGGAAAUGGCGCUUAGUGUGGUUGAUGCCCAUGUACGAGAAAAAUUGAUCUGGCUUAGGCAGCAACAGGAAGAUAUGACUAUUCUGUUGUCACAAGUUUCAACAGCUUGUCUUCACUGUGAAAAGACUUUGCAACAGGAUGACUGUAGAGUUGUCUUGGCUAAACAAGAAAUUACAAGAUUUCUAGAAACCCUACAGAAGCAGCAGCAACAAUUUACAGAGCUUGCAGACCACAUACAACUUGAUGCUAGUAUUCCAGUUACUUUUACAAAGGAUAACAGGGUACACAUUGGACCAAAAAUGGAAAUCCGGGUUGUAACUCUUGGAUUAGAUGGAGCGGGCAAAACAACAAUUCUGUUUAAACUAAAGCAAGAUGAAUUUAUGCAACCUAUUCCAACAAUAGGUUUUAAUGUUGAAACUGUUGAAUAUAAAAAUCUGAAGUUCACUAUUUGGGAUGUUGGUGGUAAACACAAGCUGCGGCCUUUAUGGAAACAUUAUUACCUCAAUACACAAGCGGUGGUGUUUGUUAUUGACAGCAGCCACAGAGACAGGGUCAGCGAGGCACACAGUGUACUGGCCAAACUGUUAACAGAGAAGGAGUUGCGAGAUGCGCUGCUGCUGAUCUUUGCCAAUAAACAGGAUGUAGCAGGGGCACUUUCCAUAGAAGAAAUCACAGAAUUGCUGAGUCUUCACAAACUCUGCUGUGGCCGUAGCUGGUACAUUCAAGGUUGCGAUGCCCGAAGUGGCAUGGGACUAUAUGAAGGACUGGACUGGUUGUCCAGACACCUGGUAGCUGCAGGAGUACUGGAUGUGGCUUAAGGCCCUACUGGGAGGCAUUAAACUUGAAGAUCUGUUAAUUUAUUUGUGUAACUUGAGUAGUCAAAGAUGAACUUAUCAUCUGAUUUUCUUACAGGAACCAACUAACAGUUUUGCUGGAAUGCUUAUUGAAGUGUAGUAAAGUGAGUGUGUAAUUCCUAUAAAUUAUGGUAACCAAGUGAUGUAGUGGAUUUGCAGGAAAGGUGCCUUGAUUCUUCUAAAGAAAUUAAAUAUAAAAGGUCUUCAGCUUUCCUAUUAAACAGAUUAAUCCAUUGUUAAGACUAGUGAUUUCAGGAGUUGGCAUUUAUUUCACCUCCUUUUUUCAGAGUUGAAUUUAUUGCAUUCUUUUCAGAUUGGAGACACAUGUAGAUUUAGACCUUUGACAGCAGUCUUCCUUUCCUCCUCUUCCCCAUAGCAGAUCUCUCUCCUGAAAAUACUACACAGUGGGUUGAAGGGCCAUAUGAAUGUGAUAAGGUGCAGUUCAGGGUAGAUGCCUGAAAACUGGGUGAAAACACCUUCCAUGAACAGCCCUGCUGCCUAUGAAAGCCAAAUCUUGGGUCCAAUACUGUGUUUCUCAGAUCAGAAGUAUACACUUCCUUCAGUGCUCACACUGCCAGCAUUUGUCAAAAGAUGUGCAAUUGUAGCAUAGACUAAAUUGUCAAUUUUUUAUUUUUCUGGCUUUUCGCCUCUGCUUGUUUUACUUACAAAACUCAAGUCUGUAUCUUUAGCAGAUCAUGGCACUGGAUUUGGUUUGGGGUACCAUCUCUCUAGAGUUUUUCUGAGAGGCUGCCCUACUCUCCUUUGCUUUCAGUUAUAUAGUUCGUAGGUGAAGAUAUUCAUAUUGAAAAGAUUGCUGCACUCAUUAGAGAGUCACGUAUUAUUUUGCACCAUGUCAGUCAUAUAGUAUCUGUGAGUUAUGCUACUUUAAAAAAUUAUGUCAAUAAAACACACAAUUUUUUCUUGUUACGUAUAAUAGAAAAAUUAGGAGCAUACAUUUAUAGUGGCCAUACAUUCAACAUUCUGGAAGUUAAAGUUGAAAUUUAGUAAACAUUUUAUAUCUUCAAAAAAAAGUACCUAAGUUAAAAAAGUGCUGUGAAUUUUAUUUUGGUUAAUCUGCUUCAUUAAGGGAUUGUGGUUGGAAUGCCUGAACAGAUAAUAUUUUGUACCUUUUAUUAGCAUGACAUCAUACUUAGUUUGCUGAAUUUUCAGUUGCUUGAAAUCCCUCACUGAUGGACUUCUUGAGGCAUUAGAAUUACCAGGAGCAGUAUUUAUUGAGUCCAAAAGUGAAUCUCUGUGUUGUAAAAGUGCUUUACAGGUAUUACUUGUGGUGUGAUGGACCCAGGCUUUUUUUUUUUUUGGUGAAAUGGAGCUGCAGAUAGGAGAGCCAUAGAAGAACAAUGAAUAUAGUUCGGAUAGGAAAACAAUAACUCAUUGUGUAACUAUUAAGAGUCUAGUGAUGUGACAGCAGGAGACUUGUACAAAAUUAAGCCAGAGGAAGAGAGUUAAAGGAGAAACAGUUGCGUUGUGGGCAGAAGAAUGUGGUAUUUGAUAGAGAAAAUGGCAGCAGAGUAAGAUGAAUUGGAGAAAAUGAUUUCUGCAAGUUGGAGCCUUACAGGUUGUUUGUCCUUGGUUCCCUCAUUGACCUUCUACCCUUUAUUUGCUUGCAUGUGAAUGUAGGAUCCCAAGUUGUUGUUGUCCCUCAUUGCAUUAUUCAGAUGGAAAAUGUUCUUAAGAGAAGGAAAGCCCAUUGCCCUCCAGAUAAAGCAACAUUAAGAAUAAUCUCUAAUUUUCUGAUGUUGUGAGAAAGAGGCCUUUAUUGGUGGCCAAUCAGAACUCAAUUAUUUUUAGUAGAUAGUUGAAAGAGCAAACUUCCCCAGUUACCCUAAAUGUGUCUUAAUGGAGAUCUUCACAAAUGACUUUUCAUUGUAAUUAAAAAUAGAAAUCGUCAUCAAUUUGUGACUGGAUUGUUUUUAUAAAGCUGCAUCAUAUGCGGUUCCCUUCUCCCUCUGACAUCUCAAGUGACCUGAAUGCCCUACACUGUGACUUGAGUCAACUGCUCAUUUGAUGGCAGAUUGCAUUUCCGUUCCUCCCAUCAAACAGAUCAAUCAUGCUUUAUCUUCAGAACUUUGUGAUGAAAAAUAAUGUAAAAAUCUUGUAGGUAUGGACAAUUUUUCUUGCAUGUGCUCAUAACAGAAACAGUUUCUGUGUCAAUUUGACUUACUUUUUUUGAUCCUGCUUAAAGAUUGAAUGAAACUUGACUUCAACUUGCGGGUAUUAUCUUUGGCUGAUACAGAAUCAAUAGUUCUGCAUAUUUUUCCUAAUGUUAGACUGUGAGUGAAUGAGGAAAGCUCUGUACCAUGAUUGUAGCAGUUCUUGUUAAAUUUGCAGUCUUUAUACUUAUUCCUGAAUAACCUGGUUUGAAAUACUUUGUAUUAAUAGCAGAGGUAGGACAUAAGUACUUGAUGGCAAAGAUGCAAUUGGAGCAGUGGGAAUCAAGUCUUGAUGCUUAUAUUUCUGGAUUGAAAUCAAGCCAAAUAGUGGAUUUUGUAAGUUACCAGCACAGCUAUCGUGAAAGCAUAUAAUCUCUCACACAGUUAUAUUAUCUCACAAUUGAGUCUCUGCUUAUCAUUGGAGAUCAUAUUUCCUCUGAAAUCUGUGUUUUUAAAGACCCCAACAGGUAAGUCAUUGGAAUGGAAUGUAUAUUCCCUCUGUCUGAUUAGUCAGGAGGAUUCUGACCCACUUCCUUUCUUACAUACAUAAGCACAGUCGUAUUAUAAUAAAUACUAAUAAUAAAUCUUUAUUUAUAUCCCGCUUUCCUCCCUCAUGGUACCCAAAUCUGAAUUUUAAAGUGCUUGCAUCUGACAAGUUGGAUAAAUCGUUGCCAGGUGAACUGAUUUCAGUUUUUAAAAAAUUACAGUAUAUUGCAAUCUUCUUCUGGGAGUCCUUUUGACUUCAGUUGUAAGGUCUGUAGUUGUAGAAAUAGUUGAAGCUACAUGUGAAAACAUGCCCACAGUCAUACUGUCUUCCAAAUCUCACCACCUUAUCUCUUGUCCAAGACACAAAGUUGCUAAUAAUCUUAAAAGACACGACAAUUUAAAAUCCAGAGCAACUCUGGGUUGAAUAUUUUAGUGGCGUAAACAAGGGCUUAAGCCACAGGAAACCAUACAUUUCCAUUAGUACUCCGUAGCCAUUCUUAACCUAUUCCUGGUUCCUGCCCCUUCCUUACAUUCAGUUUGUGUUUAAGAUGCAGAAUGUAUUUAUUUCAAAGAGAGACUUGUGCAAUAUCUUACUGCUGAAGUAAGUGGCCUCACUCACUGAGGGUAUGCAAUGAAACUGACAUAUGUAAUUUUACAUGGCAUUGUAGCCUUCGCUGCAAGUGAAACGAUAGCUAGUGAAAUGAUCUAUGUAAGUUGAUACAUAAAAAUGUUACCAAUUUUGUUUUCCUGUUUGAACAUACCUGGGCAUGAAAUACUUCAAAACACUGGUGUAAUUUCACAUUUUCAGAUAUUUUUCAUGAUGGUCUUUUUUAUAUGCCAUCCGAGAUUAAAAAUACAUAGAACAUACAGUCCAUGACAAAUUCCAGGGUUGAAUGUAAGCACAACUAUCCUACCUAACUGAUGUAAGCCUUCUUCUAUGGGGUCUUUUCAUUUUUUUUGUUUCUUUAGAUGAAGAGAUUUUUGCAUUCUGUAUCUCUUAAGUGAAGUUGUAAAGUAAAUGCAGCCUUCCGAUUUAUCACAAGGGCUGCAUAUAAGUUUCCACUCCCCCCCCCCCCCUCCAACUAAUUCUUACCCAGAAGUAACUCCUUUUUUUCUUCAGUGAAUAACCUUCUUAAAGCAUAAAAGAUGAAGUAAUACUUUUAGAUGGAAAGUCUAUUGUGGGUGUAAAUAAUCUGAAAACAUUUUAUUAUACUCACAGAAGCCACUUUCACAUUGGUAUAUUUAAUAGUUACACUAGACUAUUUUAACUGAAAUGGAGCAAUUUGGAAAGCUACUUGUGAAUUGUUAGUUCUUCUGCUGAUUUUAGGACACUGGAAAAAUAGUUUGGAAAAUAUGUUAAUUCUUUAACACAGACAAAGUCAAACUGUGCUACAAGUGUGGUUUGCCUGCAUAAGUAUUAUUUUAAUUACACUGAAGUUGACUGUGAAAACAGGUAUUGCAGCUGUUUGGAUUCAAGUUUUACCAGAUUCAUCUAGCAGCUUGUUUGAACAGUGUGUAAUAACUUCAGUUAUAAGCUUAAGCUUGUUUCAAACGUCACUGAGCUUUAAAUUCACUUUAGUGUACUAAUGUGUUGCAGCUUUUAAGUGUGUUUAAAUUCCAUUUUUUAAAUGCUAGUAUAGGUUGUUUUUAAGAGCAAACUGUAUUUGACUAAAUACUUGUUUGUAAACAAUUGGAUCGUAAUCAAGUUUUAACUGUGAAACUAAAAUGCAACAUUGUGACUAAAGGAAAGGUAUACUAACAUCUUGCUUUAAAUGUAGAGCUUUAUUUCUUGAUAUACUCUAGCUUUUAAGUGUUUAAUGAGUUAUUUUAUGAUUCUGGGAGUAAAAGGGUAGUUGUUUCAACAUGAUGUCAUGCUCUCUGAAAAGACACGAUGUGUAAAAUAGCGCACAAAAAGGAACAGCAUGUAACAGUUGUACGAGAGUGGAUUCAAGAGGGCCCUGGACUCCCUAACAGUAAAGGUUAUCUAACAAGA